CUGUAGGACGGGACGGCAAUCAUCAUGGAGAAUUAGGAAGGAAAAUCAGGAACUGGUGAAAAUAAUGCUGCUCUAUUUUUUUUCUCUCCUCCUUGAAAAGAUUUAUAAUAAAAACAUAUUCUACAAUAACGGCAUGACCGCGUAGAAAUGCAUUCAGAUUAAAGAAUGAUAUUUCGGAAAUCGUGAAAAAGAAAAACAGGGUUAUAUUAUUUGCACAUUAAAUAGCAACACAGUGUUGUUGUUUAUAUGUAUGUUGCUGUCAUUUGAACGAUGUUAGUGAUGUUGUUUGAGCUAGACCAGAGGUUUGGUAUGUACAUUGCCAAUGGCAUAAGUAAUAACUGCGGGAAACAUUUUGGGCAGUCAGCUUUUUUGUAUUAGAUAUAGCCUAUGUAUGACCAUUUAAGAAAGCAAUACGCAUCAUAUCCAAGAACAGGGACACUAGAAAAUCUAGCUCUGCGAUACUUUACUAAACUGUAUCAUUAUAAAUAAAAAGUGAUCGGUGUUACUGAAAGCAAAAAAUGGUCAAGUGCAUUUAAUGUACUAAGCAUGCUGUGAAAGGAAUAGGAUAGGAAGAAAAAUUAGUUGUGUGUGAAUGUAUUUGCAAAUCCAAUUGUUUCGGGGCGUAGGGUUGAUUUAAAACAGCAUAUUACCUCUAUAUUUGCAUUUUGAAAAAAAGAAAAAGAAAAACAAGCUGAAAAUGUCACUCGCAGAGCAGUCUCAAAAGUGGUUCCCAACCCACGUCCAGGCCACCGUUCUGCAAGCCAGAGACCUCCAGCCGAAAGGAAAGAACGGCACCAAUGACACUUACACCAUCAUUCAGUUAGGCAAAGAAAAGUACUCCACCUCCGUAGCCGAGAAGACCCUGAGUCCGGUGUGGAAAGAGGAAGCUUCCUUUGAACUUCCCGGUCUACUUCUGGAGGGCAAUCCGGAAACAUACACUCUUAACCUGAUCGUGAUGCACAGGUCAUUGGUGGGACUGGACAAGUUUCUGGGGCAGGUGUCUAUCAGCCUCAAUGAAAUCUUUGACAACAAGGAAAGAAGAAAAAUUGACUGGUUCAAGCUUGAGUCCAAGCCUGGGAAGAAGAGAAAGGACCGAGGGCAAAUCCAAGUCAACAUCCAGUUCAUGAGGCACAACAUGACGGCCAGUAUGUUUGACCUCUCCAUGAAGGACAAGCCACGCUCGCCAUUCUCCAAACUCAAAGACAAGAUGAAGAGAGGGAAGGGGGACGGGACCUUCUCCGACACCUCUUCUGCCAUCCUGCCCACGACGAGCACCCCCCGUUCUUCCGACCCUGAUAUCUCCGAGAUGAACCAGCACAUGAAACCCAAACCAAAAAGAACGCAUCUCCUGGGGCCCCAGCGUCUGUCUGCUGCCCAUUCCAUGUCUGAUUUGAUCGGAUCCCAUUUCUCUGGAGACAAAGUUAAGGCUAGCACAAUUGGGCACGCUCCGCUGUUUCGCCCCAAGCUAGACUCCAUGAAUUCCAUUGACGAGAGCGGAAAUGUGAUCUCUCCCCACAAACGAUCUCAGAGCGUCGACACUGCCAAACCAGAGCAGCCUGGCAGCGCUUCCACUGAGGGUAAAGGGCACAGUGAUUUGUUCGCCAACAUCAGCAAUUCUUUGCCCCAAAAGUCAGCCACUCUGCCCCGGAACAAAAACCCCUUUGAGUCGAGCAGUGGUGUGGCGUGGGAGGGCAGGACCAACAUCAGAUCUGAGAAUAAGAAGGAGAAGAAGGAGAAAGUGGGCCUUUUGGAGAGAGUCAAGGGGAAGAAAGAUGGCAAGAAGUUGGAUAAGAUUGGUAACGGGAAAUCGGAUAGUUCCGGUGACUUGAGGUCUCCCAACCCUUUCAGUGACAAUCUACAAGGGGAUGCAGGAACAAACCCUUUCUCCACAAACUAUAAGUCAAAGACCAGCUCCAACUUAAUGAAGCCUUCAAGCAUUGAAGACAUCAAGAAAGCUUUAACAUCAAACAGACACAGCGCACCAAACAGCAAUGCCUACCCCAGGGAUGAAGCAAAGGAAGGAAACUCUUUCAAUUCAGUGGCAUCUUAUCGCAAUCUUUCGUUCGAAGAGGUCGUUCAGGAGUUGGUCAAGCAGAAGGAAUUGGUGAAAAAGAAGGACGCCCACAUUCGCGAGCUAGAGGACUACAUCGACGGCCUUCUUGUCAAGGUCAUGGAGGAAACUCCCAGCAUCCUCAGAGUGCCGUAUGAGCUAGCCAAGAAAGCAGGGAAAUUUUCCAAACAGUAAAACUAAUAAAGAUUUCAUUUUUAUCACAGCGAUAAACUCCAAUGGACCUGAUUUAUGUGGUACCUGUUUAACUCUUUCAAUACUGCAGGUUUAUGAAACUGAAAACUGCAGACUGUGCACAGUACAUGACACUAUUAGUCUGGUUUCACAGAUGCUGAUUAGAAUUAAAAUCGGACCUUAAUAAAUGUACAGCUAUGGUCAAAAGUUUUAACAUCAUGUAAUCAAAGAAACUACAAAAUGAUGUCGUAAAAGUCUACCGGAAGUUUUCAUAUGGGAAAACUACAAUUAAUUGUAUAGGGUGAUGCAGAACUUUUAGCCAUAGCUGUACAAUUAAUGUAGAAACCUUAAUAAAUCUGGUCCAUUGUGCGGAGGUGUUUUAUUAAUUUCUUGCUGAUUUUAUCAUUUUAGUUUAAAAAAAACUGUUUGUGGUGGAUAUGUAUAAGUAUGUAAUGGUUCUUUAGAAAAUACCAGACGCUGAUUUUUUCUAAGGAUUUUUCCAGUAACUUAAAGGAAGAAUGAAUAAGGAGUACAGAAUAUAAUCAUUCUCUCACUUACCUGGCAUUCAUGUUAUUUGGUUUUCAGUUUUUGUUUUGCUUGUUUUUCAUCCUUGAAACUUAUUUUAAAAAAGUUUGAUCUCAGCAUGGUUCUUAACAAUAUUUGCUAUACUGAAGACCAUUAUAAUAUGCUUGUGGUUCGGAUUUAGUAUCAUCAGUGUGAGACUGAAAGACUCAUUACUUCCUGGUAGCAGCAGCGAUGAACUCAGCAAGCCCAUUCAAAGGCAACUGUCAGCUGGAAAGCUCACACAGGCAUAGAAGAUGAGACUAAUAAUCAAAUUAGUGUUACUCGCUUACAUUGGUCUCACAUUGACAACACUUUUUGGGUGGGAACUAUCUAAAAGCAUCUUAUAAUGGUCUUUGGCAAAGAACAUAGUUUUAGGAAGCUUGUUGAGCUUUUCACAGGUCCAAGGGGGUGGGAAAAAAACAAAAACAUGAUGUGGGUAAGAAAAUGAGGGUGAUUUUCAAAGAUUUCUCUUCCAAAAUAUGAAUGACCUUUUUUACACAUUGGCAAUCUCACCUGCAAUCCUAAAUGUAAAACAGAAUAGUCGUCAAAGUCUAGCAGGCAUAGAUUCAUCUCUGCCAGUGACUUUUUCAAUAAAACUUUUGUUCUAGAUCUCUUGAAUCCGCAGCACUUGAGAGGGUCUAUUUUAAUUCUCUUUACAUAGGAAGAUCUUCAUACUACCCUUUUGAGUAUAUUAACCACAUGUUUUGCAAACCUCAUUUCAUUGUAUUUUUUAUUUCUUGUAAUAAUACAUCACCAGGGGGAAAAAAUGAGCUGGAUUAAUAAAGAGUUAGCGUAUUUAGAUCUCCCACUGUUCAGGUCAUUAAAAUACACGUCAGGGGUACUGUGUGAGGUAAAAAGGCACAUUUUCUAGCAUGUGUCAACAGUACUUGGACAGCAACAGGAAACCAAUCCAAAAUCAGUAUUUGCCCUGUAUAUUGUUAUUGAAUUGAAACAUAUACUGUUAUAUAUGAGAACUGUAGCAUGUCCAUACCUACCAACACACAUUUUAAAACAAAAGUGCAACCAUGGCAACACACAUUCAAGGAACUAAAUGUAGAAUGUAGUAUUGAAAAAAAAAGACACAAUGAGUUUUUAAAUACAAUAUGCAGCUGGCAUCAUUUUUUAUGAAAAUCCUUAUUCAUGAUUCACAAUAAGCCUCAACAUCAGUUGCAAAUUCAAAUUAGAAUGAAUAACAUUGUAUUGUUAUUGGUAUCUACAUGAAGGUUUGAAUAUAUUUUUUUAAUUAAGCUGCCAUAACUGUCAGGAUUAGACCUACAGCAUUGACCUUUAUUUGUCAAACCUCUUGAAACUGACUUGCAAAACAGCCAGAUGUCAGCCUUUACGUUAUAUUACCUAUGUCUGGGAUGCCAGUUGUAUAAAGCACACCAAACGAAAGACAACCCACUUGCGCAAAAGUAUGUGUCAGAUAUUGCAGGUUUUUCUUCGUGUCUUCUGUAAAGCUAACAUUGUGCGCUAGUGGAAAUUUCUUUGACCUGCAGAAAUGCACCUAAAAGAAGUGUUGUUUUUAAUUUGUUUCUGUUUAAAACACUGCCCUUCAUGACCUUGCUACUUCCAAUGUUAUUUUUGACCUCACCGGCUGCAAGACUUGGGAAGUGCAUAGCAACUGUUUUUUUGCAGGCUGCUUAAUGCAUAUGGACGUUCUUCAUAUACCACAGAAGCACAUUAAAAAAUGCUGAUGUGCAUAGCAAGCAGUAACAUGGGAUUGUUAAUGCCAUGGGUGAGGGUCUUGGUAAUUAGGAUUGUGAAAUGCUUGUAAGUUUCACAAAGUGAUGUGUUAAAGCUUCCUGGCUGUUCAGAAAGUACUGUACAGAACAGUUUUUGUUUGUUUAUUUUGUUUUUUUGUUUCCUGCAACUGACAAUUCCAUGUAGGUUGUAACUACAUGGCAACUACCUUAAAACCAUUUAAAAAUAUUAAUUAUAUUGCAGUCUUACCAUAUUAGCUGGGUUUUAUAUGUUUAUUUCUUUGAUAUGCACUUUUACAUUGUUCUUAAUAUAAAGAAUUUCAUUAAAAGAACAUUAUUAUAGUCUUCCAACACUUAAAUCAGAUUAGGUCUGAGCAAACUAUUAAAACUACCUACUUCCUGUUGAAACUUUAUUUGUGUUUGUGCAUCUUAAAAUACUAAGCUCUACCAUUUAUUUAUAUAUGACUUUACUAUUAUAGCAGAAUUUAUAUAGAAAUUCCAAACACUGGAUAUAUACUACACUGCUAAAAAAAAAUAAAAAAAAUAGGUGAUAAAAAAUAAGGUUCACAAAAAAAUACUGUCAUUAGUUUAGCUAGCACUAAAUCACCAUAGUCAAUAACAAAUAGUUACAGGAAGUGUUUCAAACUUCUGUGUUGUGGUACAUUAAACAAACCAAAACAAAAGUUUUAAAAUGGAUGUUAGAAUUCCAAAAUGUUUCACAGAUAACUUUCCAGAAUGUAUAAACUAGAAAAAAAGAAUGGCUUCCGUUAUUUACCAUACCUAAAACAAGUGUCAAAGAAAGCUUAUUAACUUUGAAUGAAACUUAGAAUUGAAGUCAUAAUUAAAAACACAAUCUAGAAGAACGUGUACUGUAAGGAUGCAGGGGACUGUAAAAUAUAAAAUAAUAUCAAGUCAUAUACAAUCGUAGCGGACUUAAAGUGCCAAACAAGUGUUUCAGUAGCAUCAGUUUAAGUCCAUAUUUGUUUAGUUAUGUAAUUCUUGCAAAAUGCUUGCAGCUUACCUUUGGGUAUGUACGUCUUAAAGGGUGAACACAGACAGUUUUUUUAAUGAAUUUCUCAUACAGAACACAGCUACAUAUACACAUUAUUUUUUCUAAUUUUAUUGAAAUCAAUAAUAUACGGUUUUAAAAUUGUACAAGACUGUAUAUACUGCAGUAGAUACCAAUUGUUAAGGAAUUUAUAUAGACAGAAUAUAUAUAUUAUAUUAUAUUUAAGUAACACCUACCUUUCAGGUUGUGAAAAAAUACCAACACUGACGGUAUUCUGCAAGACACAGUACACUGCUUUCCAAAAGUACUUAAGCAAAUGACUGUUUUCAUUUCCAUAUGAAUGUCUAGAGCAAUUAUUAAACCACUGACUGCUACUACUUUAAAAUUAGCUGAUGCUUUUUAUUAAACUGUGUGUUGCCAUCAAGGAGUUUACCAAUGUGACUUGGAGAAUAUUCCUUAUUAAAUGGUGGGGGCACCUGCAGUCACUGAACCUAGGAGUGAGCUGCUUAAAAUACUGAAAGGCUGAAUAGUUUGUACUUUGGAAUGGACUACUAGACUUAGUUAGCUAGUAAGGCUAAUGUUAAUGUAAAAAAAACAACAACUGAGAGACUGUAGAUGUAUUAAAAUUAUACUGCAUGUCCCCAGACGUUUCUGACAACAAUUUCCUGUUUGUGUUUAUGUAUAUUUUGCACUACGAUAUCAAAAUGUGUCGGUGGUUUUAUUUAAUUUCAUUAGCUAUAAGAGCGCUUUACAAUGUCAUCUACAACCCCCAAUUUCUGCAAGAAUGAGCAGGAAAGGAAAACCCAGAUGAAACUAGGUGAAGCAUACACAUGUUUCAUCUGGUGUCUUCAUCAGUCAGUGUGUUACAGAAUGCAGAGUGACAUAGGCCUGAAUUAAAUGAAAGGUUAUAGCCUGCUCUAGCCACACAUUAUAGUCAUGGCAGCACUAUUAUUCUGAUUUAUCCCAGGCUUCAGUGGUAAGCAGAUGUCAUGGGUAAACAAAGCUGGUGAUCCUCUACUGUAGCAAAAACAAACUGGGUCAUGUUGACAAGAGGAUAUAUUUAAAUUGAGUGUGGGAUACUGCUUCAGUGAUGUAGUAGUAGUAGUAGUAGUAGUAUUGAAUAGUUAAAUAGGUUUGGUACUGAUUAAAAACUUUUCUCCACUGUUUUUGUAUGCUUUCUUAUAUUCUAUAUAUAAAUGUAAGGAGAAUACCCCAAACCCAUCUAUGUCUUUCUUUCUUGGAUAUUUUUUUAAUACAGAUUUUUGGGCAAUUGUGCCAGAAUUGUUAUAAUCUGUCUGCUGCACUGCUGUUAGAUUUAGUUUUCUCAUAGUCUCCAACACUGAAGAGGCUUAAUGAUUCAUUUAAAGGAUUUAUUCCUAGUAAAGCUGUUUCUCAAAAACUGUUCUGCCCAGCUUGAAGUCCAAAAAUAAUGUUGGUUUCCUGCAUUGUUUUAAAACUUUAAUUUAAUGACUGACUGAUCAAUAAAGCAUUUGAUUACUGUAAUGUACAUGGGCAAACUUUUUGUCAGUGUAGCAGUCUAAAAGGGUCUUUUCCUUUUGCAUGUUGGAAAGGGAACAAACCUGUAAUGAACGGGACCCUAUUUAAUUGCUGCACCCUGACACCACUGGCAAGCUGUCAUGUAUAUUGUGAAAUCAAUUGAUCAGUCACUGAUUUGAAUUAGGGAAUAUUUCUGCAUGGCACAAAAAUGAUGCUAUUGGAUUUAUGCUGGGCAGAAUGGAUUUCAGGUACACUAUCAUUUAUUAAUAAUGUUUACUAGGAAUUUAUCCUUUCAUGGCAGGUCAGAUUUGUCAUCCAUAACUAUUAAACACUCAGUAGUGCUGAAUUUAGAAAUUCUUAAAGCAGACAUCGUUCAGUGUCUUCAAAGCAUUUGACUUUGAAAGGAGGGUACUGUACUUGAUUCAAGUUUUUUUUUUUUUUUUCCUUUGCCUAGGUAAAUAAAAUACAAUUUUAAGUUUAUAUAGUUUGAUAUGGGUUUUUAGGUUUCAGUAUAGGGCAAAAGAACGGUACAUAUUAUUACCUUGAAAAUGUUGCCUUAUAAGUGUCUGAACUGUGUAUUGCAGCGGAGUCUGUGUCUUUUCUUCUGCUUUGCACAUUAUUACAUUAUACGUUCUGCAUAAUGCAAUGCAUUUUGUAGUACACUGCGGUAGUCUGUUACAUAUGUAUUGAAGUAUUUCACAUAACUUGCUGGAAAGGUACUUUGGGGGUGUGCAACUAUUUGCAAUAGUAUCAGUUGUGAAAAGACAAUGGGGUGUAUGGUUUGAAAGGAAGCUAUUGUAUUAUUUUUAAAAACAUUGUUCCGUGAAAUGCUUAGCAUGUAGCAUGGAUGUACCAAGAGUAUAUGAAGGAGACCCACUGAGGUACUGAAAUGUAACCAGUUAUGUAUUUAAAUAUGAAUUGAACGGGUGAUAGAUAUGAAAUUAUGAUUUAUGCAAUGAAGAUGGUUAUGCACAAAUUAAAAAAAACUGUACCAUAUUGUUCUUUUAAAAUAAACACUGUUCUUCAAGCACAAA